UUGUUCAAUGGUGAAUUGCAAGCCGAAAUGAAAGGAUGGCAACAAUCGGCAAAGUUCACAUGGGCUGAAGCCGAUAACGAGGCGUUGAACGCAAUCGUGGAAUCUGUUGGCACUGGUGAUUGGGAUAUUGUGGCGAAGAAAAUGGAAUUCGGUAAUCAUCUGUUUAGUGCUGAGGUGAGAAUAUUCUAUUGA